UAUUCGCCUCGGGAUCCCUGGGUUCCUGGAGGUAAACAGUGGUCAGUUGCCGCAUUGCCGUCCUGUGGACCUUACGUGCAUUCCUUACCUUGGACACGCUAAGGUACACGCCGUAAAGCUCUAUUUUAGAUUAACAAUGGCGAAGUGGGGAGAGGGAGAUCCCAGGUGGAUUGUGGAAGAGCGACCCGACGCCACCAACGUCAAUAACUGGCACUGGUCAGAGAAAAAUGCCAGUGGAUGGAGUAUAGAGAAACUGAAGUCUUUGUUUGAGGGUAUGAACAUUGAAGAGCCUGGAUUAGGCAUAAUAACAAUAAAGGAAUUAACGAAAUGUGAAGGUGAAGCUACUGCCAGCAACCGCAAAGGAAAACUUAUAUUCUUCUAUGAAUGGGUGCUGCAUUUAGACUGGACGGCUGUGUUGUUCGAGAAUCCUGAAAAAGAUGUCAAGGGCAGUAUAGAAAUUCCCAACUUGUCGGAAGAGAAUGAUCCUGAUGAAAUUGAUGUUAACAUAACUGUCUCUGCUGGAGGAUCAGAUGGUGACAAGGUGAAGGAGUUCCUCAGGAAAAAGGGCACCAGUAAUAUUAGAAAAAAACUUGGCGAAUAUAUUGAGACUCUAAAGAAAGAAUAUGCAGUUGAUCUAAUCAAACCCACCAAGGGCCAGGCUGUGGUCAAGGAGAAUAAAACACAUAUCAGCCCAACACGAACUGAUAAUUCAUUCAGCUCAAAUGUGAUGAAUACAACCAAUAACAUAGAGAAGAUGGGCCUGGGUUGCAAGAUAAGUACAUCAAAGAUCUGUACCAAUCACACAUUCAAGUGCACUGCAGACGAGCUUUACAGAGCUCUUACUCAGCGAGAGAUGGUAGUUGCUUUCACAAGAGGUGAUGUGAAGUUAGAAGUAGAGAAAGGUGGGAAGUUUGAAUUCUUCGGUGGGAAUAUAUCUGGUGAAUUUGAGUCUUUGGAACCGAACAAACAGAUAGUACAAAAGUGGCGUUUCAAAUCUUGGCCAAGUGGCCACUAUUCAACAGUUACCAUGGAUAUUGUACAAAGGAACGACUGUACAGAGCUUCAGUUGUCUCAAACAGGGGUUCCAUCCAACGAGGUUGAGAAAACAAAAGAAGGAUGGCGGAACUAUUACUGGGAGAGCAUCAAAAGAACGUUUGGCUUUGGAGCAAUUCUUCUUUGAAAUAGCAUUCAUGCUGGCAGUAGAUGUCAAAUGUUGUCCUUGUUUGUAUUCAUAGAAAUACACAACAGAUUUUCGUUAAUAAAUGUUUUUAAAUAGAUUACAUUACUUUGCCCUGAAGUUGCUUUCAGAGUAUUGAAAUUAUCCGAUAAAUUUCCAGAAUGAUCAUUUUAAGCUCGAUACAUGACUUGCUAGUGAGUGUAAGCAUAAAGUGUUAGAGUAAAUGACAUUCACCUACUUAAUUGAGAAGUGUAAUGGUUUGGACUCUUUGAUGUAAGUAUGCAGUAUAACUGAAUAACGUGUAAUGUUAAACUUUCCGUUAAUUUAUGGCUUGGCCCGACAUAAAUAUAAACAUUAAUGAAAUAAAUUAUGUACAGUAUAUAUA